CCACUUUAUUUAGUUGAACAAACUCAAGAAUCAAAAAUAAAAAAAGAAACCAUUUUAGCUUAUCAACCUCCACCCACCCAACCUCACACUUUCAUAGACACAAUAUUUAACCCCAAAGGAAAUACAAAACCUAUCAUCAUACAAAUACAAAGAAAAACAAAGCAAAAGAGAAAAACUUAAAAAGGGCAAAACCCUUAUCCUAAAUUACUCUCAAUCUUCAUCAAUGGCCACAGUGAUUCCUCGACAAGAUGAGCGAGCAGGAGCAGAGAUCGUAUACGGACACGAAGAAUGCUACCGUAAAUCGGUGGAGCUUUUGAAGGAUCUUGGUUUCCCGAGCGGUGUAUUGCCAUUGCAAGAGCUUGAGGAGUGUGGGAUGGUGAGGGAGACUGGGUUCAUUUGGAUGAAACAAAAGAAACCCUACGAACACUUUUUCGAGAAAACGAACUCGCGGGUCGCGUAUGCGACGGAGGUGACGGCGUACGUUGAGAAGUUCAAGAUGAAAAAGAUGACGGGUGUGAAGAGUAGGCAGCUUCUUUUGUGGGUUCCAAUUGGGGAGAUGAGUAUUGAGGAUCCAAGUAAGAAGAAGAUUUGUUUUAAAACUAAUAUGGGGAUUGGGAAAUCGUUUCCUAUUACUGCGUUUAUAGUGGAUGAAGAGAAGAAAAGCCUGGUUUAACAGGAGGGAGUCAGGAUUCAUAUGUAAGACACAUGUUGAUUAGAGCUAGAGAUCGUGGGUGGAGGGUUGUGGUUUUCAACAGCCGUGGAUGUGGGAACAGCCCUGUUACCACUCCUCAG